GGGCUGAACCUAGCAGCCCUCCACUAGUCCUGCCUCUCCCACUUCUUCUUCUUCUUCUUCUCCUCUCUCCCUCCACGUCUCCGGAUACUCCACCUCCUCUUCCUCUUCUUUUCUCCAUCCUCCAUCACCUCUUUCUCUCCUUCUCCUCCUCCUCGGUUCUUCUCUCCAUCUCUCGUUUUGUUUUUUUUUUAUGUUCAGUUUUUCCAUCAUGGAGAGCUGGUCGCUGAUCUUCAGGGAUGGGCAGGGCAGCUCUCUGAAAACAAUCUGAAACCCUGAGACCUGUUACUUCUCAACUAUUAUACAGAAGAAAACACUUGAAGGUUACCAAAGCCUUAUUCUCCAAGAGGAACAACAACAUCCACAGGAACUCCUUCAUCUAGUAUUAAAGAAGUAUUCAUGAAAUUUUAACUCCAUCAACUCAAGAUCUCCGACGCCCACACUUAUAACGAAAAGUAGAGGCAAUACAAGCUGGAAAACUGGAUCAUCAGACUGGACCACAACCAAACGAGACACCUGGCAGAAUCUGAGAACCGCAACAAGCCAGAAGAGAUCAGUGGAAAUUGGCAAAGUCCUGUGGAAAAGUUUGAUGGGACUGCUGACAAUAGCCACAUGCCUCUGAGUCCGACCGCUGACACCAAACAUGAUCGCCCGCGGCAACAGGCGGUUACUAACGGCAACCCAACAGGCUCUGCUGUCGCCAGGGACGACGACGGGGAGGACCCGCCCUCUGGAAACAGCAUCGUGGUCCGAAUCGGGAUCCCGGACCUGCAGCAGACGAAGUGUUUGCGGUUGGACCCAGAGUUACCAGUUUGGACCAGUAAGCAGAGGGUUCUGGUGACGUUGACUCAGUCUCUGUCGGAUGUUUUGAACUAUGGUCUCUUCCAGCCGGCGUUCAACGGCCGAGCCGGAAAGUUUCUGGACGAGGAGCGCCUGCUGAAGGAGUAUCCUCUGCCCAACAUCACUCCCAUCCCGUAUCUGGAGUUUCGCUAUAAGAGACGAGUUUACACUCAGAGCUACGUUGAUGACAAACAGCUGGCAAAGCUUCACACUAAGGCCAAUCUGAAGCGAUUCAUGGAACAUGUUCACCAGAAGAAUGCAGAGAAAGUGGCCAAAUGGUUGGAGAAAGGCCUGGACCCGAACUUCCACGACUCGGACAGCGGAGAGUGCCCUUUGACCCUGGCUGUCCAGCUGGAGGACAGCUGUGAGCUCAUCAAGGUUCUGCGCAGCGGCGGGGCUCACUUGGACUUCAGAACCAGAGAUGGCAUCACGGCUCUGCACCGGGCCGUUCUGUGCAGGAACAGCGCCGCCCUGACUACGCUGCUGGACCUCGGCGCGUCGCCGGACUACAAGGACAGCAGAGGCCUGACUCCUCUCUACCACUCUGCCAUGGUGGGCGGCGCCCCCUACUGCUGCGAGCUGCUGCUGCAGGACCACGCCACCAUCGGGAUCACUGAUGAGAACGGGUGGCAGGAAAUCCACCAGGCAUGUCGCUAUGGCAACGUGCAGCACUUGGAGCACCUGCUGUUCUACGGCGCCGACAUGAGUUCCCAGAAUGCCUCAGGAAACACGGCGCUGCACCUGUGUGCCUUGUACAACCAGGACAGCUGCGCCCGGGUUCUGCUGUUCAGAGGAGCCAACAAGGACAUAAAGAACUACAACAACCAGACGGCCUUUCAGGUGGCGAUCAUCGCGGGGAACUUUGACCUGGCUGAAAUUAUCAAGAUCCACAAAACUUCUGAUGUUGUAGUUCCCUUCAGAGAAACCCCGUCCUAUACCAAGCGCCGCCGGGUCGGCGCCACCAGAACCCCGGCCGGGAACGGCCUGUCAUCUCCUCGCUCUCUGAUUCGCUCGGCCAGCGACAACGCCCUGGAGAGCCCCGCCUCCUCGCCCGGCCCCUCCCUCCAGAGCCUGGAGACGCAUCACGACUCGCACACGCACUCCCUGAGACGCCACCCGCGCCGCCUCAGCCCCGGUGGGGGGGGCCACGCGGAGACCAGCCCGCCCUCCUCGCCCCCCCACACGCCACAGAUGAGGAAGAGGAGGCUCUACAGCGCCGUGCCAGGGCGCACCUUCAUCGCCACGCGGUCCCACGUCCCCCUGGGGCCCGGAGAGAUCCAGCUGCACAGGGGCGAGCGGGUCAAAGUGCUGUCGAUCGGCGAAGGAGGCUUCUGGGAGGGAACGGUGAAGGGCAGAACCGGCUGGUUUCCUGCCGACUGCGUGGAGGAAGUCCAGAUGAGACAAUACGACCCGCGACUGGAGACGAGAGAGGACCGAACGAAGCGCCUCUUCAGACAUUACACCGUGGGCUCCUACGACAACUACACCUCCUACAGUGACUACGUGAUCGAGGAGAAGACGGCCGUGCUGCAGAAGAGAGAAAGCGAAGGAUUCGGCUUCGUCCUGCGAGGAGCUAAAGCUGAGACGCCCAUCGAGGAGUUUGCUCCCACGCCGGCGUUUCCUGCUCUGCAGUACCUGGAGUCGGUGGAUCAGGGGGGCGUGGCCUGGAGGGCGGGGCUAAGGACCGGAGACUUCCUGAUAGAGGUGAACGGCAGCGACGUGGUGAAGGUGGGUCACCGCCAGGUCGUCUCUCUGAUCCGACAGGGAGGAAGUCGGCUGCUGAUGAAGGUCGUCUCGGUUUCCAGGAAGUCAGAAACAAACCUGAUCAGGAAGAAAGCUCCGCCCCCUCCAAAGCGAGCCCCUAGCACGUCGCUGACGCUGCGGUCCAAGUCCAUGACGGCCGACCUGGAGGAGAUCGCCAGGAGGCGCCGUUACGAGAAACUAGAUGAGAUGCUGGCCGGAGGUCAACAGGAAGUGGUUCUGAGGGCCCGCCCCACCGACGACUUCAGGGCGGCGACGGUCAAGCAGCGGCCGACAAGCCGACGCAUCACGCAGGCGGAGAUCAACUCUCUGUUUGAGCGCCAGGGUCUGGUCCCGCCCUCCGCCCCGGAGAAGAGCACCAUGCCGCUGCCCAGAGGGAUGUCCAGAACAAAGAGCUUCGGCACCCCGGACGAUGACAGAAUCUCGGCUCUGAUCCACGAGAGCCGUUUCCCUCGCAGCUCGUCUCUGACAGACGGCUCCAUCCCGCCGCCCCCUCAGACGGCGCCGCCCCCGCCGCCGUCCCCCUCCGCGCUGUACCUCUUCGACUCCGGCCCGCCGCCGUCCUUCCUGCCGCCGCCUCCGCCGGCCCGAGGCGAGGGCCUGACUCGCUCCAGCUUCAAGCCGGGGGCGGAGCCGCGGCUGCAGGAGCUGUCGGACGCCAGGAGCCACGCCCACGCCGAGCGCCAGCGCAAAGCGCGGUCCAUGAUCAUCCUGCAGGACACGCCGCCACCACCGCCGCAGCCCGACGGACACGCCGCCGGCGCCACGCUCCACACCGCCACGCAGACCUCCACACUGUCCAUCCACAGCACCAGCCCCGCCCUCGGACACUCGCCGCUCUCCCGUCGCCGGGGACGACCGAUAGAAAACCCGUACGCCAACGUGGGACAUCAAGCUGCGCCGAACAAGCCUCAGAGGAGGAAGUCUCCUCUGUUGAAACAACUUCCUGUUGAGGAGCAGGGUCUUGGGAUCAAAGACGAUCCGUUCAAACCCGACGGCGGUGGACUGAUGAGCCCGAGCCGAGCCGAGCUGUACCAGCAGCAGGUUCUGUCCGAGCGCGCCCGGGUUCAGGGUCGCCGCUCCUCUCUCUUCCUGUCGGUGGAGGGGGCGGGGUCAGACAGCCAGGCUCCGCCCCUCCUGACCCAGAGCCACUCCAUGGACGACCUGGGCGAGCUGCCGCCUCCGGCGCCGGUCCUGUCGCCGUCACCGACGCCGCACACCUUCCUCCACCCGCUGACGGGGAAACCUCUAGAUCCAUCGUCUCCACUCGCAUUGGCUCUCGCCGCGAGAGAGCGAGCGCUCACCGCGCGAACGCCGAGUCCUGAGCCUCGAAUCAAACACUCCUCUGCCUCCACCACGCCCGUCCCCACCCCAGCUGCCAGUCCAGAGACCAGACACAAACGCACGUUCACCACCCCACAGGGCAGCCCAGAGCCUCGAUCCAAGCGCACCUCUCCUCAGACGAGUCCGGAGCAGCGGACCAAACACUCGACGCCUCAGACCAGCCCGGAGCUGAGGCACAAGCGCAUCACGCCACCGCUGUUCCCCGACGGACAGGUGGAGCGACCCGAGACGGAGGGGGGGAUGACAUCACCUGCCGCCCCCUCCCCCGAACGAUGGAGACCCUCCCCUCUGCCGGCGCUGGCCAAUGAGAGCCACUCGGCGCUGAUCGACCGGCGGCGAAGCCUCACGGUUGGCAGCUCUGAGGAAGAGGGCGGGGCUUACACCGUGACGCUCCCACCUGCCCUGCUGUCCUCUAGCGACGAGGAAACCAGGGAGGAGCUGCGCAGGAUCGGCCUGGUGACUCCGCCCCCCGCCUUCGCCAGCUCCCCUGCCCCGCCUCCCCCCUCCUCCUUGUCCCUGUUGCCACGGCGAGGAGGAGAGGGGGGAGGGGAGAGCGGCCCAGAGUCCCUGGUGAAGCGAGGAGACGAGGAUGAAGGAGGCGACGAGCGUCUCCAUGACAGCUCCUUGUCCCCCAGUUCGCUCCCUCCGUCCAUCACACUGGCGUCCCCCCCCGCCCCGACCUCUCCCUCCUCCCCCCCUGCUGCUCACCCCGCCCCCUCCCCCUCUGCUACCUCCCCAUUGGCUCUGAAGCCCCGCCUAAGGUCGCCGAUCGGCCGCGGCCGCUCCGCACUGCGCGACCCGCUGCUAAAGCAGUCGUCCGACAGCGAGCUCCUCCCCUCCGCCGCCUCCUCCUCCUCCCCCUCCUCCCCCCUCUGCUCCUCCCCCACCAGCGGCGGCAGCCGGCAGCCUCGCUACCUGUUCCAGAGGCGGUCCAAGCUGUGGGGGGGCGGGGACGACGAGCGACGCGGGUUCAGCCCUGAUGAAGGCGCCGGCCGACCGGCGGCGCUGGGAGGACAGAGCUCCGGGUCGGCGGUGGACCUGACGGCCCGCUCGGCGUCCGCCCUGGAGCUGAGCGGCCGGGCCGGGUCGGGACUGGACCUGGCCAAUCGGCUACAGCUGCUCAACAAAGACAGCCACUCUCUGGGGGAAGAACCAAGUCCACUGGACCCGGGCCGCAGGUCUCCUGUUGGGGGCGCAAGGUUGUUCUCCAGCCUCGGUGAACUUCACACCAUCUCCCAGCGAGGAUACGGCGCCAGCUACACGGUCCGCCCAGGAAGUCGUUACCCCGUCACCCGCCGGAGUCCGUCCCCGUCCCCCUCCCCCUCAGACCGGUCCGUGGGCCUGGGCUCCUCGCCGGCGCCGUGCUCCGAGCGACCCGACCUGAGCUCGGGUCGAGGCCUGACCAUCCUCAAGUCUUCGAGUCUCAGCCUGCCGUCGGAACCAAAGGAGGUUCGUUUCGUCAUGAGGAGCGCCAGCGCACGAACCAGAUCCCGCUCGCCUUCGCCCUCGCCUCACGCCUCGCCCUGCCCCUCCCCGGUCCUCAGCGGGCCCCUGCUGGCCCUGCGGCCCUGGAGGCAGCGGCCCCUCAACCUGUGGAAUAAGUACGACGUGGGCGACUGGCUGGAGAGCAUGGGCCUGGCCGAACACCGCCAGCGCUUCCAGGAGCACGAGAUCGAAGGCUCCCACCUGCCGGCGCUCACCAAGGAGGACUACGUGGAGCUGGGCGUCACCAGACUGGGCCACCGCAUCAACAUCGAGAGGGCCCUCAGACAGUUACUGGACAGCUCCACUUGACCCAUCGCCUCCAACCAGUCACCUCUAGGCGUCCAGAACUCUGACCUCACGACCCCUGACCUCAAGUCAGACCCCGGGCCAUCACCUUAAUCCACUAUCUCAGCCAUUACAGAACCGCCCCGGUUUCGUUGAUCCCAGAUCGCUGAAAUGUUUCGGCUUAUCAGCUCUUUGAUCAGCAGCUCUGACCUCUGACCUUCAGCUCACAUAGCAAACAAUUCACAUCCAAAUUCAAUGUUUUUGUCUCAAUGAGACCUUUAGCCGGUCCGACCCAGAAGUUAUUGCCAUAAUCAAUAACCAAGUUUUACUAAAAUGACGGUAACAUUAAAUUCUGAUUUAACUCUGGAAGACAUUUUAAAUAUCCACAGUAAAUGUACAAUAUAAACAUGAUUACAUUUCAGAGGAAUUGGGAAAAAAUCCUGAAUUUAUUUGGUUAAAAUACAGAUUUGUCCAGUUUGUGGUUCUUUAAUCCAAACAUUGGCAACUUUCCACACUUUUCCCUGUAAAACUAAAAUAUUUGGGCUGAAACGAUUAACUGUAUUAAUUGAUAAUAGAAAUAAUCAGCAACUGAUUUAGUAACUGAUUAACUGGAGAAUAUAAACUCAAUAAAAGGCCAGUUAGUGAAAAUCCAUGUUCAUAGCAGUAAUUAAGCAAAAACUGCACAAAAAUAUUAAUUAUAAAAUUAUAAAAAUGCUUCAGUGGUUAAAUGGAUAAUCUAAAGAAUGUGUAAUUUUUUUCCUGAUUAAUCGCUUAUUGUAACGAUUAAUCGGUAAAAGUCAAUGAUAUCAAUUAUUCUGCCAAAUGAAUAACUGAUUAAUCAUCAGAAUAAUCAAUUGAUUGUCAGAAUAAUCGACUAAAAAAUUAUUGUUAGUUGCUGCCUUAAAAAAUAAAAUACAUUUUGAAUCUUAAAUUUGAGGAAAUUUCAGGCUUACAAACUUUAAACCAAAAUAUAAAAAUAUCAAAACGGGCAAAUAAAGAUUCACUUUUGGCUGUUAGAAUUUUAUCAGUUUAAUCAAAAUAAAUAUGUUGGGGGGGUUUUCUUAUGUUUUUAGUAAAAGUCGCAGUUGGACUCAGAGUUCUGAUCAAUGAGCCGAUCAAUGAGCCGAUCAAUGAGCCGAUCAAUGAGCCGAUUUAUCUAAAUGAUCCGGAAAGUUCUGGGACUUUUUUUUUUGGCUGUUGUGAUUUCUCCCCCUCAAAUAUCACUCAUAAAGUUUUGUGUUACUUCAAACCUGUUAAUGGAUCAUUUAGAAUUAAUCAAUAAGUAAUAAUAAUGAUAAUAAUAAUAAUGGUGAUGCCGUGCAGAGCUUUUAGUCGUCUGGAAACAGAUGUGUAGUUAUGAUUUGACAAUGAGUUGAAUUCCCGGCGGAGGCUCUGGAGUUCAUGAUGAUUUGUCGAUGAGUGUGGCGUGGCGUUGGUGUGUUUCAGGGUUUUACCUGCUUUCUGAGGGCUACCUGUACACGGUGCUAUCUGCUCAAAGCCAUCUGUACAGACUCUACCUUCCUCCUCCUCAUGCAUCUUCCCAUCCAGCAGCCAGGAACUAAACCAUCACAACGCCCUGACCAAGGUCACACAGGAACAGGCCAUAAAAGGAGUUUCCUCCCCUGCCAUAUACGGGAUGCUUUCCCUGCCAUAAGUGGAGUUGAAUCCAAACACGAAAACAGGCAAACGGGAACACCAUCGCAUCCAGAUGUUUGUACAUUUUUAUAACCCUGAACAGGGUCAAUUUUUGUGCCAGUAAGGAGGAAAGUUUAACUAGAACUUAGCUAAAAAACAGCUACAUGUUUACAGCAGUUAGAUUUAUAUAUUAUCAGAUUUUGAUGAAGACGUUCCAAUACACUCAACUUCCAAAGGAAUAUUUAAUAGUGCAGAGCUAUAGUUAAAUAAAUUAUAUUGUAUAUAUAAAACAUAUAUAAGUACAAAUAUGUAGUGUCUUAUUCCAGCACAAAGCUGCAGUGAAAUGUUAAAUUACUGGUUUUAAAAGUUCUGAUCCAGUUCACAUUGAAACAUCUCAGCUGCUGUAAUAAAGCUAAUAAAUUAAUUAGUUUCACAUGCCGUUCAGUUCCUGAUGUUUAGCUAAUUAAUGCUUCUUGCACUUUAUGGCCGAUCCUGAUUAACAGACGCUCUUAAAGAAACAGUACGUCUUUCUAAAAACACCAAACUGGCCCCAGUGGUGGUUCCCUUAAGCUCAUCUUCUGUCAUCCACACAUCCGUUGAAGCAACCCAGAAAACCAAAACUACUAAAAUGUUGAACAGCUUCUGGGGCGAUCAUGAGGAAAAAGAAAAUUUUAAAUAAUGGUGCACCGAUUGGAGUUUUCUGGCCGAUAACCGAUUUUUAGAAAAGCCUGGCCAGCUAAUGCAAAUUUCUUUUGUCUGAAAAAUCAUUAAAUAUAUCAAGUGGAUCUAAUAUAAGUGGAUAUGAUUGGUUUCUUGUUCAAGUAUCAAUCGAUUGCCAAUGUCCCAAAAUUAAGAAAAUCUGGGCCGUUUCUUUAACUUAAAAUAUAUUUUAAGUUAAUAUAUUCGAUCUUUUAGCUGAAGCAAAUUAAAUAAAACCUUACCAAAUUAAACUGUAUUAUUAGCCCCUAGCUUAGAUAGCUAUUGUAUCAUAACCGUUAGCUCUGUGUUGAAAAGUUUUCAGUGAGUGUCUCAGAUUUGACACAUCAGGAAGUCCAGGAACAUCCUGCAGGUUUUGGACUUUGAAUCUGAACUGGAACCAGUUUGGUGGGAACCGAGGCCCCAGUUAAAACUUCCUGUAACCCCUCCCCUCUCCCCCUUCCAUAUGGAUCAACCCCCCCGAAGCACAAUCAAUGCUCAGUGCCUGUUACCAUGACAACACGUCUCAGUCGUUCUGCCGAGCUACAAUCAUGAUCCCAAAGUUGUACAAAGCCAAUAUUUUAUAGAAACCCCUGAAAUGCAGAAUGUACAGUCUAUAAGCAAAACAUUAUAUUAGAGUAAAGCCUUUAUAAUUUCUGUUAGAGUACCUGUUGGUGAAAAAAAACACUGGACGGGUCAGAGGUCAAGUUCUGGUCCAGCAGGUAAAAAUUAGAACGUUACAAAAGACCAAUAAAAAUUUAAUUUAAAUUGUUUUUAAGCCUCGCUGUGAUUCAGAAACAUGACAGGAAACGCGUCAAAAAUCCAACAGUAAAACAGAAAACCGAUAAACGCAAAAUAUAGUUUUCAAAUCGUUUUUACAACUUUCAGCCACUAGAGGACGCUGACAAAUUCAUUUCCAGCUAAUAAUUAAGGCGAGGAAAUAUAUAUGUAUUUUUUGUUUGUGAAAAAAUAUUAUUUAAUAUUUCUGUUGCAGAAUGAGGUGAAAAAUAUUUCAAUUUAGCUUUUACCAAACAAAAUAGAAAAAUUGCAAAUUAAUUACUGAUCUGGUUAAUAGUUUGAAAGCUAAGAUCAACUAAAAAAUUAUGUUAUUGUACAAAAAGUGACUUUAGGAUGUGAAAGAAAAUCAACAAUAUACCCAAUAUGAGACCUUAAGCUGAAAACCUGAACAAAAAGAGGCAAAAAUCUCUUUAAACAUUUAAAUAAACUGAAACUACUUCAGUUUAUUUUUAUUAUCCACCAUGUUAAUCUGUUUUAAUUCAUAAAUUAUAAAGUUUCCUGGUUUUCGCUCAUCUAUACUACAGUAUAUGUGCUUUUAUGAGUUGUUUAUAACUGGUUACUUUGGAGAUUUUCACAGCAGGGGGCGCUGCAGAGUGAGGUUAAACUAAAACAGGGAUUGCUAACAGAUCAGCAGCUAGUUAUGAAAACCAGGACAAUCUGGGAAAAGACGGAAUAACGAUCAGGAAAACCCCGCAGCCUCUUCUGCUUCCUGCUGACCGGCUGAGAUCCCGACUCUCUGAACCUACGUGUAAAUCCUUCCUCCUCCUCCUCCUCUUCCUCUCUAGCUUCCUCUUUUUACAGUAUGUCUGUGGUUUCUUCUGGAGUGAGUGGCGUGCGUGUACGUGCAGUUUUUCUCUUUUCUAAGCUCCGUAGAGCACACGAUGACAGCUGAUGAGCUCUUUGACAGAUUGUAAUCUUUAUAAUAAACCGUCAUUUAUUACAAACUGA